CUACGCCCCCUGCCGAGGAGCGUCCCUCCGCGCCCCAACAUGGCGGGCGGGCGCUGGGGUCCGCUGCUGACGGCGCUCCUGGUGGCCCGAGUCGCGGCGGCGGCGGCGGAGGGCGGCCCCGAGCAGGCCGCGCUACCGGAGGAGCGGAGCUGGGUGCGGCCCAUGACCGCCUCCAACUGGACGCUGGUGAUGGAGGGCGAGUGGAUGCUGAAAUUUUAUGCUCCUUGGUGUCCAUCCUGCCAGCAGACUGAUUCAGAAUGGGAGACAUUUGCAAAGAACGGUGAAAUACUUAAGAUCAGUGUAGGAAAAGUAGAUGUCACUCAAGAACCAGGUUUGAGUGGCCGCUUCUUUGUCACUACUCUCCCAGCAUUUUUUCAUGCGAAGGAUGGGAUAUUCCGCCGUUACCGUGGCCCAGGAGUCUAUGAAGACCUGCAAAAUUAUAUCUUAGAGAAGAAAUGGCAAUCAGUGGAGCCUCUGACUGGCUGGAAAUCCCCAGCUUCUCUGACGAUGUCUGGAAUGGCUGGUCUUUUUAGUAUCUCUGGCAAGAUAUGGCAUCUUCACAACUAUUUCACAGUGACCCUUGGAAUUCCUGCUUGGUGUUCUUAUGUCUUUUUCGUCAUGGCCACCUUGAUUUUUGGCCUUUUUUUGGGUCUGGUCCUGGUGGUAAUAUCAGAAUGUUUCUAUCUACCAUUUCCAAAGCAUUUAUCUGAACACACUGAGCAGACACGGAAGUCAGAGGAGGCUCACAAAGCCGAACAGCCGCAGGACGCAGAGGAGGAAAAAGAUGAUUCGAAUGAAGAAGAAAACAAGGACAGCCUUGUAGAUGACGAAGAAGAAAAAGAAGACCUUGCUGAUGAGGACGAAGUAGAGGAGGACGAGGAGGAGGACGGCUCGGUUGCCCCCGCGGACGAGGAGAGGAAUGACGCCCAGGACCAGGGGCCCCUGAGGGAAGCCCAGGAGGAGGGCGAAGCUGAGCCUGAGGAAGACUUGCCUGAGCCGCCCAGCGCCACCCACACUGAGGCGGCGGAAGACACAGUGAGGCAGCGCAAAAGCCAGCACGCCGCUAAGGGACCGCAAGUCUAAUGACAGUAUUUCCGAGCAUUCAGACCGAAGGAGAAGGUCCGCUUCCCUCAGGUCUGCAGUGUAAAUCAAAUCCUUAUUUUUUCCUGAAUGAGCAAGCUUCUCUUAAAAAAGCGAUCUCUAGUCAUGUAGUCUCUGGCAUUGAGCCUCAUGUAGGUUAAUGAGAGCGUUUCGGGCAUGACAAUCAGGAAACGGAGAAACAAACCGGGUGUGGGGAUCUGCCCGGGGACUUGGGAUGGGCACACCUUCACUGGCUUGAGGCUAGAGAGUCCUGACCAGGGAAAGCACCCCGCAGGCGCCAUAACACGAAAGCCAAGCACCACGACCAUCCUCACAGUGCAUGGGAAGUCUUCUGUGUUAAGUAUUUGUUUUUGUCAAACUGUAAGAGACAUCAGCCACCGCGGUACGGAGAUGCUUUUCCAGAGAUAGAAACCGCGAGGGCCCUGGAUUUUAUGGUAGAAGAGAGCUUGGACGCCAUCCCAACUCUCCGAACCUCCUUUGUUAGGAUUUACUUCUUACCUUUAGCAUUUGCAGCUUUCCCGCCACCGGCCUGCAGGCGCCCCAAGCUCUUCACAAUACUUCCUCAGUGAGCGGCCUCCGGCAGCCGCCGCUUCCCAUCAGCCGCCUUCAUUCUGACUUGAGGGUUUACAUAAUCCAGAACCAAAGCCCACGGAGCCGUGACUGCCAAGCGUCUUGAAUGAAAUGUUGUAACCUUUGGAGAUUCAAAAGGGAAGCAGGGAUUUUACAGGAGAGAUUUUUGUUGUUGUUUGCCAAAACGUAGUAAUUUUUCCCCCCAAAAGGUUCCUUUAGCAAAAUUCUUUUUGAAGCCAGAAGUGCCCUAAGUGUUGCCCAGGACAAGGUUGUCUUGUGAAGAGAACUUGAAUACUUUGUUGUUUUGCUUCCAUCUCAAGGGGUUCCCUGGCUCUUGAACCACUUUAAUAUUAACUGCAAAACCAUUUCUGGUUUUCUUUCAGUGAUGUGCUUUUGGUGAAAGAAUUAAUGAAAGUGAAUAUCUGGAAAUGAAAGAUUUGGUUUCGUUUCCUUCUUCCUUAAUCUUGUAAAGAAUUUUAUCCCUGUAAAUCUCUCAAUACUCAAUCUACUAAAAGUACCCAAGGGGCCCGAUUUCUUUUAAAGAAUCCAUCCAUCUACUUCUGCCUUACCUGAUUUAUGUCUUAGAAUAAAUUCAUAAAAUUAGAUUCCAAGCUUAUGAAAGAUGUCUAAAGUUGAUCCUACACCCCUUGGGUCCAGACAGAAAAACAAGUAAUACAGGUUUAUGAAAUUCAAAAAGUUUCUGUCAUCUUUAUAAAGAAAUAUGCAAUAUACUCCUGUCUGGCUGUUUUGAUAACCCUUACCUUGUAUUAACUUUGAACACAGGCUCCCUAGAGGAGGGGGAGGUGCUGAGACCCUCCACCCUCGAGUGGCUGAAUGGGCCUGUUGCAAGCCUCACACAAAGGGAGUUUUUAUUCUGACAGAGCCCAAUUUUUAGAGAUGGUUAUUUUUCAUCUUUCUAACUCAGUUACCUGACAGUCUCAUCCCUCAGUACUAUGAGGUUCAUGAGGAGUCGCCAGUAGUUUUUCUCUUCGCAGCAACAGCACCUUGAGUUUGAGGCCAUCACAGAACUGACAGACUGGGAAAACCUUGACUUUGGCUCAUUUCCUGCCCCUCCUGCCAUGUACGUCUCUAACACAUCCUCAGCCCAAGCACCAUGGUUCUGAUGGUGGCAGCUCCAUCUCCCUGAUCAUGGAAAGCUUUUCUGGUUCAUUGCUGAGCGGAGCCUGUGCUUCUGUCACUGAAUUUCUUUCUCUUAUAAUCAGCUGAAACAAAGUUUUCAAAGAUCAUUAAGUUCAAGUUCAGAGGUAUGGAAUAAAAGUUUUCAUAGUUUGGCUUUUCUGCAUAAUACCUCCCCCCUUUCC